AUGUGUAACCGAUUUGUGGGAACCUGGAAACUUGUCUCCAGUGAAAAUUUUGAUGACUAUAUGAAAGAACUGGGAGUGGGCUUAGCAACCAGGAAACUGGGUGGCCUGUCAAAGCCCAGUGUGAUCAUUAGUAUGAAGGGAGACAUAGUAACCCUCAGAACGGAAAGCACCUUCAAAAAUACAGAGAUUUCCUUCAAAUUGGGUCAGCAGUUUGAUGAAACAACAGCAGAUGACCGGAAAGUCAAGAGUGUUGUAACCUUGGAGAAAGGGUCAUUGGUUCAAGUUCAGAAGUGGAAUGGCAAAGAAACCACAAUAAAAAGAAGACUGGUUGAUGGGAAAAUGGUGGUGGAGUGUGCUAUGAAAGGGGUUGUCUGCACCAGAGUCUAUGAAAGAGUGUGAAGAAACACCUUCUCUGCACUGGACUGGGAUUGGCUCUAAAAA